AUGUUUCACGUGAAGAAACUGACUAGAUCGUCGAUCGCUUUGAAGCAAGUGCCGUGCAAUGACAUCCUGCACAACGCAUUGAUACGCAUCGUACCGGCGUUUCAAACACGCGGUUAUGCCGACCAUCAGAUACCCGAUAAACUAAAGAAUAUCCCCGACGAUCCAAAUCCAAAAUUCUUCGACAUGGUCGAAUACUUUUUUCAUCGCGCUUGUCAGAUCGUCGAGGAUAAAUUGGUCGAGGAUAUUGGGAAACGUUCGAGGUUGAGCGUGGAAGAGAGAAAGAAGAAGGUAAAGGGUAUCUUGAUGUUAAUGGAACCAUGUGAUCAUAUCCUCGAGACUACGUUUCCCCUGAGACUCGAUUCUGGCGACUACGAGAUGAUUACUGGCUAUCGCGCACAGCAUUCGACCCACAGAGUACCUUGCAAAGGAGGUAUUCGUUUCUCGAUGGACGUAUCCCGGGACGAAGUGAAGGCUUUGUCCGCGCUAAUGACCUUCAAGUGUGCCUGCGUGGACGUACCUUUCGGCGGAGCGAAAGCGGGGAUCAAGAUUAACCCGAAACUCUACUCCGAGCACGAGCUCGAGAAGAUCACCAGAAGAUUCACCUUAGAACUCGCGAAGAAAGGAUUCAUCGGGCCCGGCCUGGAUGUUCCUGCUCCCGACAUGGGUACCGGAGAACGCGAGAUGUCUUGGAUCGCUGACACAUACGCGAAGACCAUAGGGCACACGGACAUCAAUGCUCACGCCUGCGUAACUGGAAAGCCUAUCAAUCAAGGAGGAAUCCACGGACGCAUAUCGGCGACCGGUCGCGGAGUCUUUCACGGAGUGGAGAACUUUAUCAAUGAAGCUAAUUACAUGAGCAUGAUCGGUACCACCCCCGGUUGGGGCGGAAAGACGUUCAUCGUGCAAGGUUUCGGUAACGUCGGUCUUCAUUCGAUGCGUUACCUUCACCGUGCCGGUGCCGCUUGUAUAGGAGUAAUCGAACACGACGGCGCUAUCUACAACCCGGAGGGCAUCGACCCAAAGCAACUGGAAGACUAUCGCAUAGAGAAUGGUACCAUCGUCGGCUUCCCCGGUGCCAAACCGUAUCCCGAUGGUGAUAAACUGAUGUUCGAGGAAUGCGACAUAUUUAUACCAGCCGCUGUUGAGAAAGUCAUUACCAAAGAAAAUGCUGGUUGCAUUCGGGCGAAAAUCAUCGCCGAAGCUGCCAAUGGGCCAACAACUCCAGCUGCCGAUAAAAUUUUAAUCGAAAAGAAUAUUAUGGUCAUACCGGAUUUGUACAUCAACGCUGGUGGUGUUACAGUCUCUUUCUUCGAAUGGUUGAAGAAUCUGAACCACGUGUCUUAUGGUCGUCUUACCUUUAAAUACGAGAGAGAAUCAAAUUAUCAUUUAUUAGAAUCCGUUCAGGAAUCGUUAGAACGUAGGUUUGGCAGAGUCGGUGGUCGAAUUCCCGUUACACCCUCCGAAGCUUUCCAGAAGCGUAUCUCUGGUGCAUCUGAAAAAGAUAUCGUCCACUCUGGUUUAGAUUACACGAUGGAAAGAUCCGCUAGGGCUAUCAUGAAGACAGCCAUGAAAUACAAUCUUGGCUUGGAUUUGAGGACAGCAGCCUACGUGAACUCGAUCGAAAAGAUCUUCACCACUUAUUCCGAAGCGGGUCUUGCGUUUUAAACGCCGAGUAUUCGAGUAUGCAGAGCAGACCGUAUCGAUCGUGAUCGGUAACGAGACGACUGUAAAAAGUUGCGAGACAGUAUUUUGAAAACUUACUCACGAUACACGCGUAUAUCUUCCCCGGCUUGCACUGUCCAGUCGCGCGUCGGCAAAGACCAAAACUAGCAGCGGAAGUAAUCGUGUACGUCGAUCGUCGCGCGUUAGAUUUUUCGAACGCAUCGUAAUAAUAAUUUGCCUAAUCAAUUCCCGUCGCGUCGAUACGCGCGUAUACCUGUGCCCCCCCUGUAAGCGUAUUGCACUUACAUACACGUGAAGAUAUCGAACCGGAUACAGAAGAGUUAACGCACUCGUAGGAGAUAAACGAAGCAUUCGUUUCGCUCCUCCCGUGUUAACCUAACAGGAACUCGGAACAGUAAUGGUACAUUGGUGCAUUUUUGUAUCUCACUUUUUAUCGGUGUACCUUGAUACUCGAGAAAGUUUACUUGAAAGUCGAUAAAAACUAACAUUAUAUUCCCUCGGAUAUAAAGUUUCGCUGUUGAAAAAACGGUUUAUAGUCAUUUAUAAUAAAAGCUCGUUUCUACAAUUGAAUCGGAAAACGCGAUGUAUCAUACAGUAAUAUUGUUAUAAGUAUCAAGAGUAUGUCAAUAAACGUAUGCUCUUAA